CAAAUAUAAUAUUUAUAUAUAUUAUCUUGGUCAUUUCCUAUAGCUGCGCAGAAAUUUCUAUAAAAAAAAAAUUAGAGGCAUAUUAUUAUUAUUAUGAUUAUUCUUCUCGGUCAUAAAUGUCAUAAUACUAAAAAUUUUCAACUGGGAAAAAAGAGAAGAACAAGUAGCAGAUGUCUGCUAAAACGCGCGACAUCAAAAGAGACUCAGCCACCGCGGUAAACCCAAGUAUAUGGAAGAGGAUAAUUUUAUCGCAAAGCAAAAGGCGGUUUAUUUUUAACUAGUGUAUAAAUAAUAUUAACCAUGGGCUAUUAUAUAAUAUUAAAAUUUGUACCAAACGAAAGCAAAGGAAUUGUUUCUUUUUUUGGCGGCGCAACAAAAAAGUCUAACAAUCUUAGUCGGCCAUCUUCAUCUGAAUUUUGUUGCGUAUUCCAUCUUCAUGAGUCUCCCGUGACACGCAGCCUAAAUAACGGGAAUUUUUUUCACAUCUGUGAACUUGCCACUAAGUUAAUUUGGUUUGGUUGCUUUUUAUUGUGCUUGUGCUGAUGUAAAAAUUUCUUUAGAUGGCGAUUGUCGUGACUCUCGACAGGACUUUUCCCCGAAGUUCUCACUUGCGCAGAGCUGGAGACUUUCCCGGACUCGAACGUGCUUCUUAAUUAAUUAAUUGACUUAACUUGGCGGCCUCAUGGAAAUUGGCUUUAAUUCUAAUUGGCCUUUAAUGCUUUUACUCUUUUAUCUUUGUGCUCUAACUAAAAAGGGUUAAUUGAUAUUUCAAGUAAACAAGUUAAUUAACAAUAACAAAUAAAGUGAUGGUUUAUUCUUAAAACUAAACAAUAAUUGGCCAAACUAAUGCGGAAUUACUAUUAGAUUUAAUAUUCAAAUGCUGAGUUUUAAGGUUCGGACUGAAUUAGUGAACGGAUUAAGCUGAUUUAAAAGGAUAUUCAGUUCGGAAUUUAUCUAGCGUGGGCGCCAAGCAAUACCUUUUAAAGCGGGAAGGGAAACCAUUACAACCACACUCAGUCGAGUCCAGGAAGCGUCUGCUUGGGCACUCAGGUGGCGCCCUGAGCGCGGCGGUCGUAGUUCUUGGUGGUGGCGUGGCGCGCGGGGCGGGAACUUAAGGGUUGUGCUCAGCUUUGGUUAAUAUACUAAAUGGCCUUAACGCGCGCGGUUACAUAAUUAUAAGAUUUGUACAAUUAAAGUUCUUCUUCUGCAAUACAAUAAUUAAAGGUCCCUGUGGUUACACCACAGACUGCCUCCCGACAAAUUUGAGUCACGCCCUCGUGACUCGUAACUUCUUUGUCCUCCCGGGUCCUCGGCAGGGUCAGUCUGGGGCGCAAGGUUGACAGCAUUCGAACAAGCUGCGCAAGUGCUCUCGAGGGCCGAGGGCGUCCGAGACAAUGGGGUUGUUCGUCAUCGGGUCCCUCAGACAGGCUUGCGCUCCGCUGCAGGUUCUCAGGGUGGUGAGAAUUGGUUCUCAGCGCGCGCGUCAUCCAGGUUGCCCUCAAAUCAGCAACUCGGCAUCUGUGACCUUUGCUCUCUGUUCGGACAGAUUCAUAGACAAAUAUGUUUCGCAAACAGUGAACUUACAUUUUAAUUACAAUUUUCGAAAAUUUUAAAUUUUGUUCCUUAAUUAACAUAUUAUUAAUUUAUAAUUGCCACUUUUGGUAUUUUAAAACCAAUUUUUUUUUUUAAAUUAAUUUCUUAAAUUACAAAUUUAAUUUAUCCGUAAAAUUAACAUGAUUUUUAACAUUUUAAUCUUAAGAAAAUUUGGCACGAAAUUGCUCACACUGGAUUAAAUAGCUAAAAAGCAGCAUGAAUGAAGGUGGUAAGCAACCCGCGCUACAUUUGUGCGAGCGUUUUCUUUCUUCCUCAUCUUCUUGCCUGCUCGCUCCUGCGGGAGGCGUGACGUCACGCACAGGGCAGCGAACAGCGGUGCGGUGGAGGGAGGAGGAAAGGUACCAAAACAAAACAUAAACAAAUUGGCGAUGAGAGAACUGCACUCGUCGAUGCGGCGAUGAUUUUCGACACGAUUUUGCUUGCCGACAGUGCCGACGAAUGUAGGAGGAUAUCUCUUGCUCGUCAAGAAGCUUUUACGGCCUCCCGACAAGACUCUUGCGUCGGUCUUCUCUUCUGGUGGGAUGAGAUGACUCUACUUGGACCUUGGGGUUGCUCGAGGUUGGCAUCCAAGCACACUGGAGCCUUUCUUUGGUUUCCGAUGGAGGGAGCCCAUCGAGUUGCUCGGCAGUGGCGGACAUUCACGACAAGCUUGACGAAGGCUAAGAGGCUUUCCUUGGUUGCUGGAGGGUGGCCGUUGGUGAUCGGCAGUGUAGCUCCCACCGUGGAGCCACACACGGAGGUGAUGGUCGCACUCGGAGGCUGAACGGGGCAGACUGACGGUGCUGCUGGAUUGCUCUGCCACAUAUUGGACGUCACCACACUGCUGGUGGUUUGCAUGAGAGUGCUCUGGUGGUUGGGGGCACCAAAGACAGCAUCCUUCAGCUGGCGAAUGUAUCCCAAGAGCUGCUGCUGCUGCUGCAAUUUUUCAUCCUCAGCUGCUUGAGCUUGCUCCUCACGCUCACGCCGGAGCUUGGUUCGCCGCAAGAAGUGCUCUUGAUUUUCUGCAAUUUCCCUCAUGCUGGAAAGGCCAUCAAACGCAUCUUUGGCCUCGGAGUAGCUGGGUGGCUGCUCAAACUCGGACGCCAACGCCUUCUUCAGGUCUUGGAGUGAGAGGGCGUCCAAGUUGAGCUUGCUGGCGAACCGGAACACGUCGCCUUCAGUGUUGCUGACAGCAAGGCGGACAAGCUCUGCAUCUCGGGUGUUUGGAAAGGCGAUUUUCACCCGCUCAACACUGUGGAUGAAGUUCUUCAAGGACAGGCUGCCAUCUGCUUUGUAGAUGCCAAUCAACUGGUAGACAUGAGCUCGAAUGGCGAUGGACUGUGGGUCUUCUGGUUGGAUAUCUCUGUUGACCAACUCGGACGAGGUGAGAGGUUCCAUGGUCAAAUUGCUGCCUGAGGAAGGACUUCUGGAUAUGCAGAAAAGAAUUGAUUCCGAGCUCAUUGGAAGCGCGUAAAUUGUGAAAGCAAAAAGGUGCAACACCAUGAGUAAGAGAGCUGCGGAGGAAGAUUUGGUAAUUUGUUCUUCCAAAAAAUUAAAAAUCUCUGCGAAUCUUGGGUUUUUUAACACACCUGAUGGAAAUCAAAACGCCGACAAUGUUUUUGUGUUGGUCGCACAUUACGAAUUCGAGGGCGGUGGUGAACGCUGGUAUCGAGCAGGUGACAAAAAAGAUGUUGAAAUGCUGAAGGAAACAUUUGAGAAGGAUCGGAAAUGCCAAUUUCACGAUGUGUCAUGUGGAAAGGAUGAACUCCUUGAUUUGCUCGGCGACGAGAGUAAAUUAAAGGAAGUCUAUGAGUCUGAUGACUCAGAGCCGUCGGUUUUUAUUUUCAUCAUCUUGUCUCACGGGGAUAAGGAUGGACUGAUUUACACAGACUUUAAAACCGGCACUUGCCCCGAUGAUUACGAAUCUUUCAAUACCAAAGAUUUAUUUCAAAAAUUUGAAAAAACGUUUCAUAAUUCUUUGAGAUUUGCAUUCCUUGGGCCUUGCAGAGGAAAGCUCGUGGAAAAAGUUAUUGAGUCUUCAAGUGAACAACAAGCAGUCGAGGUUGAAAAAAGUUCAAGUAAAGUUUCAUUUGAUCCAAAUCUGCACAACAUGGUCAUUUUUUACUCCACUGUUGAAGCCACGAUUUCAAAACGAGAUCCAGCGAAUGGCACAUGGCUUGUACAGAGUUUGACUCGGGAGCUGAACGAGAUGAAAGAGGACGAAAGCAUUGCGCAUUUCCUGACAGCGGUGCACAACAGAAUUCAUUUAAAGUCGACCAACAACUACAAAAACGAGGGACAAACGCCAGAAUUCAAAAUUUACCCUAGUGACAGGAAAUUUACUUUUUCUGGCACUUCUAAUCAGUGGUUGAGCUUGGACCAUUCAGAAAGUGGAUGUGACGGAAUAGGAAAUACAGUAAAUGUAAAUAAUAAGCAGCCGACGGUGUACUUUGAUUGGCUGGAUCCCGAAUCAAAAGAACCUUGGAGAGGAAAGCUUGCAGUAAUUUUCUACCAAGAAAAUGGCAAGGAGAUAUGUAAACUCCAGUCGAAUCUCAAUAACAACCUGGGUUUUGUAACCAAAAUGGUUAAGCUCGGGCCGAGCACUGUCACAACACACUUCGAGGAACUAAAAACAAUGAAGUUGUGGAAAGAGUACGGCUGUUUCGCCGCAUUCUUUUUCGCCAAACUCGAGCCGCGCAAGGAUGGCCACAUUUGCAUUCACCUGAGUGAAACCAAGCUAAAGCCGAUUGGAGAUUUAAUUCACUCAUUGCUUGGACCAGACUCAAAGGACUGGAUCGGGAAACCAAAACUCUUCUUUCUAAUAAAUCAAAUAUCUGCAGCAUUAUGCGACAGCCAGCCGCAAAACGCUCAGCAAAUUGAUUUCCCUAAAGCAACCAUUCACAGUGACUGGCUCGUUUUCAUUCUUCAAAAUAAAGAUUUCAUCCAAAAUUUUAUCGAGAUAUUUAAAAGCAAAGAAAUAAAUGGAGAGCGGAGCUUGCAAGACUGUCUCGCUGACUUGUUGAUUCACGUGAAAAGAAAAGCAACAGAAAUUCCUGCAGCGAUGAUGGUGUCCACUUUGCCGCAUCUUUUGCUUUUCCGACAUUAUUUCGUCAAACCUAAUUUCCGGGUGAAACUUGAUGAUGUAAAGGAUGAGCAAGAUAUCGAAUUCAAGAAAUUAAUUGAACACGCAAAGGAUGUUAAGAAGAACCCGAUUUGGCUUCUGUCGUCGCUUCCUGGCUCUGGGAAGUCAACGGUGAUGCGCGAAAUCACUUUUGAAUUACGCAGAUCUUUACAUGGAUUCAAGAUUUUCACAAUAAACCUCCCGGAUGUCAGUCAUAUUUUUACGGACGCUAAAAUCAACAGAGAUACAAGGGCAAAGUCAAUAUAUUCGGUGAUAGCCACAAAAACAGGAAUACCCCAAGAAGAAAUUAAAAAUUUGAUCGAGUCAAAGAAUAUCAUGAUUAUGUUUGACGGUUUUGACGAGAUUCAUCCAGAUUGUAGAGAUGAUGUUCUGAAAUUUUUAAAGGACAUUGUACAAGAAUCGGUGCCAAUUUGGAUUUCAACACGGCCGCACGAAGAAGAGACAAUUAUCAAUAGACUAGAGAAGGAAAAUAAGUUCUCCCGGGUGCAAAUUUUGCCUUUGUAUGAAUGGCAGCAGGUCGAGCUAUUUAAAGUGAAUUCCCAUCUAGAAGCAGUGGAAUGUGAGAAUCAGUUGAAGGCCCUGAGAAAGAAUGGAUUGAGAGAUAUCCUUAGCAAUCCGUUGCAUUUAAACAUGAUCUCAGAAAUCCAUGAUUCCAUCAAAAAAGUAAUCGGAUUGAAUGAAAUUUAUGAAGAAAUAGUGAAGAAGAAAAUAAGUUCUGCUUUUAAAGAAUUCAAAGAAAAUGAAAGUUACAAAAUCAAAAUAUUUACUUGCAAAUUGGAACUGCAAAAGCUUUCUGUGAAAUACCUUCAACACGAAGAAGUGGAAAAAGUUAAUCCUGAUAUUUUAAAAACCGGUAUCGUUUCAUUUUCCAAUGGAAAAGUCCACUUUGUCCACCAAACGUUUGCAGAAUAUCUAGCCACAGACUAUUUUUUUUAUUGUGGGGAAAACCAAAUGCCUUGUGGCAUCUUUAAACAUGAUUUCGGACAAGUCAGAAAAUUCCUUGAUCUGAAAUUUUGUGCAACGGACAAUCCUGAGCUAUUAGCGAAUAUCAAAACCUCAUUGAAAGAAACUCUCACCAAGUCGCAGCUCGUUGACGUCAUCAUUGAAGAAAACCUACCGGGAAUGUUUUCUCUCGUUGAAGACGAGGUCACGUUUGAAAACAGUGGCCGAAAAGGAAAAUUUCAUUUUUUCGAUGACGAUGAAAUUUUAACAAAGGCUUGGAAAAAUAGCGAAGAAAUCGCCCUGAAAUUCUUGGAUUCAGACGCAUACAAGAACUUGCAAAACUCAAGCGCAUCCGCAAUUGCAGAAAUGUUUGCAAGUGCAAUUGAAAAUAAUUUUGCACGGCUUUUCGAAAAAUUGCUAGAAAUUUUUUCCAACACCAAAUUUCCCUUUGAUGACCCCGAUCUUUCAACCAGUGGAUUGUCGAUGAAUGAAUUUUUGUUCUCAAAAGAAACAAACAAAGAUCUAUUUGGUGCAUUGUGUCUUGCAGCUAAAAGAAAUCAUUGCACCAUCCUCACACUGCUUGCCGAAUGGAUAUUUAUUAACCUCCAUGAAGAGGCUCAAAGCACAAUAUUUUUAAUCGCCGUUUAUAACAACAGUCUCGAGUGCGUCGAGCUUUUCAUUCAAAAAGGAUUCCGAACUUCUAGUUUAUGUUUUGAAGCUCUUUCUGACCUUUUGUUUCAUGAGUAUCAUCAUCAUAACAACAUGCAUGUAAGCACCGCUAAAGCACUUCUAAAAACUAGUUCUGAGCCAGCCGCCGAAUUGGCUUCGAGAAUUUUCAGAUAUGCCGUGGAAAAUCUUCAGUUAUCACUAGCCAAAUAUUUGCACGAAGAACACGUAACGAUUAUAGAAUCUAUAUUCUUUGAAAAUGGCAUGAAUAUUCUUCAUGCAACGGCAGACGCCUAUUGUUAUCAUGACUGUUACCGAUUGGACAUGUGCCGAUGGCUGGUGGAAGAUUUGGAAUAUGAGCUUGGUGCGAAGGACGAAAGGGGGUGGAACGUUUUACAUUACGCAGCCAAAAGAAGUGAUUUGCAACUUAUCAAAUUCUUACACAAAAAAGACAAUUCCAUCAUUAAAUCUGUGACCGACAAAGGGAAGAAUGCUGCGCACUUGGCAGUUGCUUAUGGUAGAAGAAACUCGCAUCAAAUCAUCAAAUAUCUGCAUAGUGUUGAUAGUGAGAUUAUCAAACAAAAAACGAGCAAGGGCAAAACAAUUCUUCAUUACUAUGCUGCUUCAAGUUGGGAAAUCGAUUUUAAAUUCAUUGAAUGGCUCUUAGAAAAUGGGGUUGACUUGGACGCCGUGGAUAAUAAUGGGUAUAAUGUGGCCCACUGUGCAGCCACUUGGUCUAAUUUAAAAACACUUAAGUUCUUGCAUGUUAAAAACAGUGAAUUGAUAAAACAGAAAACGAAUUUUGGUAUGACGGCACUCCAUUAUGUUUUCGUCAAUAAAAAGUUCUGUACCGGGGAAGACCCGAAAACAGAACUUUGGCUCAUCGAAAAGGGCUUAGAUGUGGCGUCAGCAAACAUAGACGGAUGGAACGCUCUUCAUUUUGCAGCGAGUAGAGGAUUAAGAAAAAAUUUCUCCUUCAUUCUAACGAAACAGCCCAACCUCAUUACGUCACUGACGAAAAAUUGUGAAAACAUCAUGCACUUGUGGAUUGAAGGUGGCUUACGCUUUCAGAUGAGCUAUCAAAUGCAUUUUAUUUUGGAUGGUAAGAGUACAGAUGAUGAAAUUAUUGUACAGGAAUUCUACAAACUUCAUAAAGAGCUGAUUACGCAAAAAACAAAGGCUAACAAAACGGUUCUCCACUAUGCUGCACAACAUUAUAGUUUUGAAACGUUUAAAUGGCUGGUUGACCUGAGGUUGGAUGAGGCAGCCGUCGACGAUGGAGGAUGGAACCCUCUUCACUUUGCUGCUUUUAGGGGACAAAUGGAAAUGGUCGAAUAUAUUCACGAAAAAUGGCCACAACUAACGAACAAAGUGACGAAUGAUGGCGAAAAUGCGAUGCACUUAAUGACAAGAAAUGGUUGCUAUAUUGAUGAUGCAGCUAAAAGUUUGAAACGCCUCCAUGAGCUAAAUGGAGAGCUGGUGAAACAGAAAACAAAGAAGAACCAAACGGUUCUCCACUGUGCUCAAGGGUAUCAAACAAAAGAAGUGUGGCAAUGGUUGGUGGAGGAAUUGGGAUUGGAAGUGGAUGCCGAGGACGACGACGGCUGGAGCGCCAUCCACUUUGCUGCCGCUCUUAAAAAACAAGUUGAUUGGCGUCAGAAGUUUGGGUUUAAAAGUGAACAAUAUAAAGAGGUCUUCGACUUUUUGCACAGUAGGAAUCGUGAACUGAUUAAGAAAAAGACAAAGAGAAACGAAACUGCGCUGCACAUCGCGGCUAAGAACAGACGUGUUGAAAGUUUCUCGUGGCUCAUCGAAAACGGCGUUGAUACUUUGGUUCAAGAUAUUGAGGGCAAAACUGCGCUUGAACUGACGACUUACAAAGACGACACUCGAAGAAUGGAACAGAUUUUGAAGAGAUGUCAUUUGAAUUAGCACAUUUUCACUUUUAAACGUAAAAUUUCUUUAUUUGCAUAAUUUGAUUUUGCGAAAGGUGACUGCGAAAUUUGUACUUAAUUUUUAAUUCAUAAUAAAUGGAGUAAAUAAUUAAUAAACAUAAAAAAUUCAAAAUGGAGCAAUUUUUUUUUAUCAAUCUCAAUGACUAACCGAGUUUUCGACGUAGACAAAUAAAAAUAAAAAGGAAAAGAAUAAGAAAAAGCUAAAUUAUUAAAACCUGCAUAGGUGGCAUAUAUGCUUUGGCCUCCAAGUGAGAACCAAUAUGAUUAUCACCUGAACCAUCUGAUUGUAAUUGGGAGCUAUAAUUUUGAAAAAUUAACCUUUAUUGGUAUCUUUGAAAAGUUUUAUAGAGAAUCGUUAUUUUAAUUUUUUUUUUUUUUUUAAUUUAACUGCAUUGAAUUUAUAAGAAUAUUUAGAUUAGAAGGUUAAGAAAUGUUGCCUCAAGAAUUAUAACAAAAAUAUUUACAAUUCGAAAAAAUAACAAGAAAAACUCUACUCAUUGGUCUCACAAUCAGUCCUAAAAGGUUAUAUUUGAAAGAAAAUAAUUUUAUUUCGGAGAGAAAAACGCGUCUCCAAUUAAUUAAGCUUCUAUAAAAAUUUUAAUUACAUAUAUUGAACUGCAGUCAAUAAUAGGGACCAAAACCGUAGGCCACAUUUCAAGGUCAAUAUUUUGGAUCCUGAGAAUAUUUAAAUUAUCUGCCAAAGUACUUGAAGGUACAGGUUUCUAAUUAUUUUAAUAAAUAGAAGUUACCUAUUUAGCCUGCCGCAGGAACACUAGCAAAAAAUGCAAAAAGUGAGUCUUGUCGCAGUUAUAAGGAGAGACCGUUCCAAUUAAAUGGAAAAUUUGCGAACUUAGAAUUUCCAGAGGCUGGGUCCGAAAUGUUAAAUCCUGAUCUGAAUCCCGGAAUGAAAUCCCGGUUUUCAAAUCCUGAUCUUUUUGUGGAAUUAAGGUUUACAGAUUUUUACCGUGGAUCACUCAAAGAUAUUCGAGAUCAACUUUUUCGAGUACCAUCACCAGAAAUUUGCAUUCCACCGCAUUAGGCCGACUU